UCUCCAAGCCACUUCCUUCCCCAAUUCAUAAAAUCGAAAAACCAAAGAUCAAACACACACACACACAAAAAACACAAAGAGAUAGAUACAGAUUAUUGAUACAGAAAAACAAAGAUGGAAUGUGUAUUUGGGAUGGUGGGAAAAGGUUUUGCAUUAGUGGUUGCAGAUACAUCUGCAGUCAAUAGUAUUUUGGUUCAUAAAUCUAACGAAGACAAAAUCUUGAUUCUGGAUUCUCAUAAACUUAUGGGUGCUAGUGGUGAAGCUGGUGAUCGAGCUCAAUUCACGGAAUAUGUACAGAAGAAUGUGUCUCUGUAUCAAUUCCGAAAUGGGAUCCCACUGACUACCAAGGCUGCUGCUAAUUUCAUGCGCGGUGAACUUGCCACUGCUUUGAGAAAGAAUCCUUAUCAAGUCAACAUAGUGCUAGCCGGCUAUGACAAAGAAACAGGCCCUUCUCUGUACUUCAUCGACUACAUUGCCACCCUGCACAAGGUUGACAAAGCUGCUUUUGGCUACGGUUCAUACUUUGCUCUGUCCAUGAUGGAUCGUCACUACCAUGCAGACAUGACGGUUGAUGAAGCCAUCAAACUUGCUGAGCAGUGCAUUGAGGAAAUUCGGUCCAGGCUAGUUGUUGCUCCGCAGAAUUUCAUCAUCAAGAUCGUUGACCAAGACGGGGCCCGUGAACACUCGUGGCGUAGGACCACAAAGGACUAAAUGAUGAAGCUUGUAACGCCUUUGAAUUAUGUAUGGCUUUGUGUUUGUUCUGUUUGUUCUGUUAUUGUUGAAGGAAAGAUUAGGGCUAAAAGAUGACAUUAAUGGUUUAAUUUGUCAUGUGAUUGUUAAAUUGUCAUACCAUUAUUCUGUGAUGGGAAACCUUCUUGUUGAA